AGCCCAACAUUCUCCCCACAAAACCCCCAAACUCUCUUUAUUCUCUCAACCUAAACUCCUCAAACCCUAACCACAACCUCCCCAGUCCCCACCUGCUUCCGCAUUCAGGUGGUGCUGCCGCCAUCCACCACCUUCUGUGCCGCCACUUUUCGGAACUUUUACAGCACGACCCCUUGAGGCACCUAAUGGGUAACCCUGACUUUCCAUCCGACAUCAUACCUGAGAUUCUUUCAAGGCUACCAGUGAAGUCACUAUGCCGCUUCAGGUGUGUAUCAAAGUCAUGGCUUUCCUUAAUCGCCGACCCUGAUUUUGUCAAGAGGCACCUUAACAAAGCUACUGAGAGCGAGGAUAUUUUCAACCAGAGACGAAGGCUUAUAUUUACUGAUGAGUCACACAGGUCACUUUUCUCUUUGGACCUCGAUGAAUUUCUCAAUCAUAAUGAUGCAAUUGAUAAUUAUCUUGAUAAAGAUUAUGAUAACCUUAUCAUUAACAUUGACGAUAACGAUGAUGUCGUGGCCACUGAGCUCGACUAUGUUUUUAGUGAACUGCCAAAUAAUUGGGCUUUCUUGGUGUUUCACUCCAAUGGCUUGUUGUUGUGCCAGUUAUAUUACUGGGAUUUAUAUCUGGUUAACCCUGCAACAAGAGAAUCCAAGAAACUACCACAGAUGCCAGAUGUUGGAGAAGCGUAUUAUUUCGACCUCUUUGGUUUUGGAUUUGAUCACUCCUCUGGUGAUUACAAGGUCGUUAUGUUGUCAUAUUUGGAAGGAGGAAUUAUGUUCAGUGUCUACACAUUGAAAACUGGCUCUUGGCGAAUGAUUCAAACGGGAUAUCCCUACAAAUGUGACCUCAUGCAGCAUGGGAUCCUUCUGAAUGGAGGCCUUCAUUGGUUGUUGGAUAGAGUUGGAGUUGAACAUCGAUCGCCGGUGAUUAUAUCUUUCAAUUUAGCAGAGGAGAAUGUCCAAGAAAUUCCACUACCUCUUGCUUCUAUUGAUGCUAAAGAUUAUAUUGUUGGGGCCUACAGAGAUUCCUUAUGUGUAACGCAUUAUGCUGAUGGAGUAACUCACAAUGAGUUUUGGAUCAUGAAAGAAUACGGCGUGAGGGAGUCUUGGACUAAAGUAAGGAUCUCCAUCCCAUAUUCUGUAUUACGACACUCUGGUUUCUGGAAGAAAAGUCAUGAUCUCUUGGUGUUCAGGGACCGAUUGGUUUUGUGCAAUUCUAAUGGUGAAAGAUUUCGGAAUCUU